AACAUAUUGGAACUCCGCCGGUGUCGGCCCUGUUUGUCUCGCGCCUCGGCACGCCAUGAUCGCCUAAUGGCGAACCCAUUCGCUGAGGAGGAAGCGUCAGUUGCUGAUGCUGCGCCUUCCAACCCCUUUGCACAAGAGGAGGAGCCCGCACCAGAGUCUGGUGCAAAUCCCUUCGAGGAUCAGGACGAGCCCGAAGCUGCUGCGGAUUCAGAAGCCGUGGAUCCAGAAGCUGCUGGAAAGGUAGAGGAGGAGGCUACAGCAAUUGUCAAGACGGUGAGCGGAUAUUCGGUGGAGACACAGCAGGACCGCCGCUUCCAAAACGCGGACGUUUGCGCGGUGUGCAGCGCAGCACUGGGAAAGCGCUGGAUGCGGCCCAGACAUCACUGCCGCGUGUGCAGCCAAAGUGUUUGCGCCUCAUGCUCACCCAGCACCAUACAGUUGAUGAGCGAAGGUCUUCAGAGGACUUGCAAAACAUGCAUCGAGCAGAUGCUGGAGAUGACAGAGCUGAAGGCACAGUUGGCGAGACUGGCCGAGGAUCUCAGCAGCAUGACCCGUGGUGAAAACCCAGGCGACGAGGGAGGCCGCGCUUUGAUGGCUACUUGUGAGGAGGCGGUGUCACAGCUGCUGGAUCUGCAAGCCGGGCAUCAAGCAGCCUCUACCCAGGUGGAGGUCUUGAAGCAGCAACUCCAAGAGGUGCGAGAGGCUCAAAGCAGCGCUCUUCAGGCCGCCGAGGCCCGGUGCACCGAGGAGGCCGCACAGCGCCUGGCAGCCGAGGCGGCGGCGGAGGCAGCGGCGGCCGAGCGGCAUGAGAUGGAGGCGAAGCUGCACGAGGAAGAGAAGAAGCGGAAGGCUGCAGAGGCCGAGGCACAGUCCUUCUCGGUGGACCUUCAAGAAUUGGAGGUCGUAUCCAUCGUCGCCGUCCUAAUCCUGGCAAGUAGGUAGGACCACUGACAGCGGAGACCCUGCGGCUCCGGGAGCUCCAGGAGAAAGCGGCCUCGGAGCGGAUGGCCUUGGAGGUGCGACUCUCUGAGAGCCUGCCCCGGCAUUUGGCUGGAACAUCGACGCCCUCCUCACACUCUGUGGCAGAACAUCUCGUACAGACUGAUCCUCCACAGCCUGACCGAAGAUGUUCAGAGAACUGCAAGAACUCUUGCUCCAUUGCUUGAGCACUCAUCAAAAAGAUCCAACCACUGGCCAUCUGAAAGUGACCGUUGUGAUUCAGUUGUGAUGCACAACAUGCGAGUUUGAUUCCA